UAAUUUAAGAAACCGGAUUCGACCCGGUUCCUUUCACCGACCCAUUAUACUAUUUACAAAGCCAAGUUCCCACCGCAUUCUUGUCUCUUUACUCUCUUUCUUUCUCUCUGGUCGGGACGAUUCGAAAAGCGCUUUCUUUCAGAAGGUAUUGCAAUAAUAGCAAGCAGAAAUGACAACUGCAGCUCGACCCACAUGGGCACCUGCAAAAGGUGGUAAUGAACAAGGUGGUACUCGGAUUUUUGGUCCUUCACAAAAAUACUCGUCCAGGGACCUUGCCGCUCACACUACUCUAAAGCCCAGAAAAGAAGGGCAGGACACCCAAGAUGAAUUGCAAAAGAGGAACCUCCGGGAUGAGUUGGAAGAGCGUGAACGAAGACAUUUCUCAUCAAAGGAUAAGUCUUAUAAUGAUGAUAGAGAUCGUAGGAAGGGAAGCCAUCUUCUGUUGGAAGGGGCUAAGAGGGACACUGAAGACCGAAUUGUGCCACGUAGUGUAGAUGCUGAUGACUCUGAUGUGGAAGUCAAAAGUGAUGAUGAGAGUGAUGAUGAUGAUGACGACGAUGAUGAGGACGAUACAGAAGCUCUGUUGGCUGAGCUUGAACAGAUAAAGAAGGAAAGGGCAGAGGAAAAGCUGCGGAAGGAACGGCAACAGCGUGAGGAAGAGCUGAAAGCCAAGGAAGCAGAGCUUAUCCGAGGAAAUCCACUGCUUAACAAUGCAACAUCCUUUAACGUGAAAAGAAGAUGGGAUGAUGACGUGGUCUUCAAAAAUCAGGCUCGUGGUGAAACCAAGACUCCUAAGCGCUUCAUUAAUGACACCAUCAGGAAUGACUUCCACAGAAAAUUCUUGCAGAAAUAUAUGAAAUAAGAACAUUAUCAAGUUAAUGAAACUUGUGCCUCUGAAUUGUUGUACUUAACGAAAUUAGAAAUGAGUGUACUGGACCUGAAUUUUGCCUAUAAGUCAGACAAUUUGGUUUACCAAAGAAGUUGAAUCUUGAUGUUAAAAUUUAUCGCCUGUAAAAAAAAGAUUUGUACGAACUGGUGAUCUGAGUGGACAUGAUUUGACUGGUA